CAGUGCGUUUAACAAGCUCCCUUUUUCCUUCGAUUUUCGAGAGUCCCGCGGCGUGCUCCUUCGACUUCAGUCCCCCUCUUUUCGGCGGUGAUGCCCUCCCAGAAGGCGCGCCAGUUUGUCAAGGACACGCUCAGCUUCUCGCGCGUCCGGGUCAUUUAUGCGCGCAUCACGCUCACGCGGUACACCACGCUCUUUUUCUUCUUCGCGCUCCUCAGUGCGCUCGUUCUGCUCGCCCUGGAGGCUGUCGCGUACAAUGACAACACGAUGGCGAUCGACCACCUCGAUGGUAUCGUAGCACAGGGCAGCCCCACCAACGGCAUCUUUCUCCAGAAGGGGGACAUGCUCGAGGUCUGCUACGAUGUUCCGGGCCGCCCGGCCAGUAUGUGCCGCCCGCUGUGGAAGCCCGACCAUAAGGAUCGGAGGGCGUUGGUGGAGGCGCCGCAAUACAACAGCUCGGCAUUUGACACGCUCGCUGUGGAUGAGGAGGGCAAUGCCCAUGGUGUCUGGGCACCUGCCGAAGAUCCGCAAGUCGCUGCUACCGUCGAACGCGUCCUCGACUCUGGCAAGAAGGUCCAGCUGGACACGGCUUGCGUUGAGUCCCUGGAGUGGUUGUCUGACAUCCUGAAAGACUCGCGCCGUGAGGACUUCGCUACUGGUGCCUUCCACAUAUGGCUGUUCAGUGUUGCCGCGGUUACGAUCCUGAACGAAUCGCUACCGCAUCUUCUGGCGUCGGGCGUGUCCCAUAUCCUCGCGACCGCGUGGGCAGGAUACCGUAUCCAUCAGACACUCGAUAUUCGCUCGAUCUACUACCGGCUUAUUUCUGCGAGCGACGGUGCGGCGUGUGGCGACGUGGAUAUGCUGGGUCCGUGGUGGGAUAUGCGCAUUCAGCAUGCAAUCCCGAUCGUGAUCUUCAAUGCGUUGUCCCUUCUGUGGUUUAUUGCGUUGAGCUUGCAGCUGUUUAAGGUGUACAAACAUCAAUCCUUUAGCCGCGUCGGCGCUUCUCCCCAGAUUCAUAAGGUGUACAAGAUUGUAUUGUCUUUGUCUGUAGCCUUGCAGCUGGCGCUGUUCUUCACCUUGGUGACAACAGCCAUCUGGAUAGACAAGAUCGCGAGAGGUAAUAUCCGCCGGAUCGCCUUCCACUCCGCGAUUUACAGGGCAGCAUUCAUUGUCACUGCAAUUGUGGAGCUGCCGUGGAUUGUGCUCGGAUGGAUCUCUGUUCGACGGGAGUGCAGAGUUAUGUUCUGCUUCUUCGCGCUCAUUUCGAUGAUAUUGUUCGGCAUUUCGACAGCACUGUUCUGUAGUCCUCUCUAUCGCUACGUCCUCGAGACAUGGCCGUUCUUUGCCUCGAUGAGCGUGUUGUCGUAUAUCCUUGUGGUGACCGUCUCGGUGUUGGGUAUCAUCGCUCGCAUGCACUUCGGCCGGGGCCUCAAGCACUACUUGGAGGUCUCCGAUGCCUUGGAAGACGUCGACUUCACGCCUGUCUACUUCAGUAAUGAUCCGAAGAAGCAGUCGCUGGUUAGCGUCGACUUACCCACGAUGGGCUACUCGCAAGAGAAGGCCCAGCGAUCAUCCAUCGACAAGAGCGCCAUGAAGGACUUUCACUUCGAGUACCCGCCGCCGCCAGAACCGCCCGCGAAGGUCAUGCACGUGGAGACAGCAUCCCUGUACUCGCGCGCGCCGUCGACGCCGCGCAAGAUCACGGUCACCCCCAGGUUCCUGCGCGACUCGUACCAGUCGAAGGUGUCCAGCAACAUGCGCGACUCCCUCGUCUCGCGCGUGUCGAGCAAGACGACGGUGGGUACGAAGGCGAAGGUCUCGCAGGUGUCGCUCGUGUCGCUCAACCGCAUGUCGAGCGCCUCAUCUGCGUCGUCGUCGGCGGACACGGACGACUCGGGGACCAUUGCGUCUUGGUCGGCCGGCAGGAGCAGUAUUGCGAAGAGCACGGUAUCGAGCAGCACGGCGAUGCCCGCGGCGCCUGUGCCCGCCGUCCCCGCGCGCAAGAUCGGCCUUCCGGGAAACCCGCGACCGCUCACACGCGGCUCGAGCUUGACACGCAGUGGAAGCAACGCAAGUAGCGUUGGACAUGUAUCACGAUCACCUCCGAAGGCUGGCUUCUUCUGAACUAUACUCGUACGCUCGUAGGGACUUUCGCAAUGUAGCUGUAGGCGCCCGAUCAACUGCAUUGUACCUUCAUUCGUUUAUUUAUUGGUGGAAGGAUGUAACCGUGUCAGUAGGUAU